GGCGUGUUUUAGCUGGAUCUGGCAACCCGUGUCCCAUCUGUCAUUGGGCAGGACCUUAAGGAAUAGUUGAAUUAUUCCCCGCAAGAUCAUUGAGAAAAAUAAAAAAGCUGACACACACAUAAGAGCAGAAGUCAUGGGCUCGGGAGAAAGCACCACCAGGAGAGUGUCGUUCGGCGUGGAUGAUGAAGACAGAGUCAGGAUCCUGCGUGGAGUCAAGCUGUCGGAGGAUGUUCUCCAGAGGAUGAGAGGCGUGGCCAACAUUCCUCCGGAGGGCUCAUCACCAGCAGGGUCCCAACAAGACAAAGGUUCCUCUCGCACCAACUCGGGUUCCCAGUCCAAGCCUCAGCCCCGGGCCCAACCCGGAUCCCAGUCCAGCAAAUCAGCGUCCUACGCCAAAGAGGAGCAGAGAAGGUUUGAACGGCAGCAAGCGUUACUGAAGGAGGAAUUGGCCAAGGUAGCGCAGAAAGAGAGGGAGGCGGCCAAGGAGGAGCUGGCUAGAGCCAUGAGCGAGGAAAGACACGUCCGUCAGGAAGCGGAGAAGGCAAAACAACUGUCCGCAGAUGAGAUGGAAGAGAUGGCUCAGCACCUGCAGAAGAAAGACCUGCAGCUGAAAGCGCUGGAUGCCUUCUACAAGGAGCAGCUGGCACAGCUGGAGAAGAAGAAUUUUGAAAGAUACGAAGAGAGCAAGGAACAAUUCCUGCAGGCUGCCUCCAAGACCGAGUCGAGCAUCAGGUCUCGCAGUACAACGGCGGUGUGUCCCGGACUGCAGGGCCAAAUUCUAUCCUGUUAUAAGGAGAACGGCAACCAGACCCUAAAGUGUGCAGAGUUGGCCAAAGAAUACAUGCACUGCAUAAACGCUGCAAAGAAGAACCUUCUGGUCAACCACGGAUGAAGAGCCGGACGACGAGGGUGAACAUUUUAUUUGAUGAAGACUUUUAUCUGGAGGCACUGAGAGCAGCGUUUGCUGUGUUCCUGUUUUUAAUAUGUAAUGCUUUGCUGUCAGCAUGCCUUGUUUUUCAAAAAAACAACCCAAAAAAAAAAGGAUUUUCAUAUCAUGCUGUUUGUGGUAUCAUGAGUUAAAUAAUAAACCUGCACUAUUAGUUUGCACUGCUCCAUUCUGCAGGGAGGCUUUUCAAAAAGUAAAAAAAAAAAAAAACAUAAAAGGGGGCGUAACAGCCGAGUCGUUCAGUCGUUUAAACGAUCGGCACGAAACGUCUCCGAGGGCCGAGAGGUCGAGACGCGCCCGCGUCACUCCUCCAUCCAGCCAACGUCCAUCCAGAGUCAGUUUCUCGUCCAAAACUCUGCGUCUGCAUCGGAGAAGAUGAAAAGAAGGAGAAGAAGGUGUGCUGAAUGGAGCGCACAAAGGGCAUCUUCGUUUUGAUCUCGGCCUGAAAGGAAGAACUGAUUCGCUUUUAUUUCUUUUGACUCCUAAUGGUUUUGUAUUUUUGAAGCGAUGCGGGACUGAACUGCAGUCAUCUGUCCUUGAAUCCACCGCAUCGCAUGUGUGACUGAAUGAGACUUUAUUAAACAUUCUUGUUCACCG